UCACAAAACGGAUGGACGGCGUGGAAAAAACGCAUACGUCAUGGUCGUGCCUGACAGAGUCUUCGCACCAGUGUAAGGGAAGAAGCGCCUCACCCCACACAAUCCGCGGCCAUUACUUUCGUUUUACACAUACGUUGAAGCCCUCUCCCUCCGUCGUAUUAGGGUUUCUUCAAAGGAAUUUUUAUCUUACAUUGCCGGAUUUCUCUUCUAUUCCAGAAUUUCAAAAGACUCGCAGGUCCGGCAAACGUCUCCAAUCCGAUCAUGUUUAAGUUCCUGGAACUGAGAAAUGGUUUUCAGUUUGAAAGGAUUGUACCCUUGCUUCCUGUGCAUACUACCAUUUUCCUUAUUGAAGAUCAUAUCAGAUGAUUUUGUAUUGUAAAAUGAUAGAAGGUGCGCGCAUCCGGCUGAAGGGAUGGCAGCAGGCAGCAGUUGCCCUCGGUUCAGCUUUUGGUGCACUGAUGGACCCCAGAAGAGCGGACCUGAUAGCUGCUCUUGGAGAAACUACCGGUAAGCCAGCUUUUCAGAGAGUGCUCGAUCGGAUGAAGAAGAGCCCAGAAGGCCGAGCAGUACUUUUGGAGCAGCCACGCGUCAUAUCUACAAGUGUUGGCCAUGCGUGGGACCUACCUGAAGGCACAUUUGGUGCAGCAUAUGCAAAGUUCAUGGGAUCAAGGAACUUCUCACCGGACGACCGGCCGCCUGUGCGUUUCAUGGACACCGAAGAGUUGGCAUACGUGGCCACCCGUGCACGUGAGGUGCAUGACUUCUGGCAUGUUCUCUUCGGUCUUCCCACGAACUUGAUCGGUGAAUCGUCACUCAAGGUGAUAGAGUUUGAGCAGAUGCUUCUACCCAUGUGUUUACUAUCAGUUAUUGGAGGUUCAGUGAGGUUCAACGAUAAGCAACGAGCCCUAUUUUUCCAGCAUUACUUCCCGUGGGCCACCCGUGCUGGUAUGCGGUGCACGGAUCUGAUGUGUGUGUACUAUGAACAGCACUUCCAUGAGAACUUGGAGGAUGUUCGGAGGAAAUGGGGGAUAGUCCUUGCACCUAAUCCAAAGGCAACCCGACGGAAUGAGUAAUCCAAUAACUCUGUAAGUUUGGUCAUUAUAGCCUAAUAAUUGUUUUCAAAGCGACAGUUUAGUGCUGUUUGAAAUGAUGUUGGUAGGAUAAGUGGCCUGAUCAGGACGGGAUGUUUGUUGUGCAAUAACCUGAGACAUGGAAAGUGGUGGUGGAUCCAGACCAUCCAUCUAGUGAGUCCUCACCGUUAAUGGUCCACGGUUGUAACUUGUAACUCAAACCUAAUGGAUGUUCUUAUCCC